GGUCUGCAUUCUGCGCAUUUUAUUACCAGCUCGCUCUUCGUUUCCCCAAUCCCCCACCUUUCUCCGGCCAAAACCCCAGACCCAUCGCUGGGGGCAAGUUCUCGCCGGAGUAUGGCGUCACCGCCGGAGCCCGCCAUCCCCGUUCUGAGCCCUCUGAGCUCCCGCCUUAGCGCCGCCGCUGACUCCUCCUCCGUCUCCUCCUCCGCCCCCGUCGAGCACCCAUGCUUCACGCUGCAGAACUGGUGGCUGGUCAGGGUGGAAGGGGAGGAGCGGAAGAUCGCCGUCUCCGGGUUCACUCAAAGGGGUGACGCGUUCACUUCCGCACCCAUUGCAAAGCGUCACGAGUCUCUUGUCCUCGAAGACGAAGACGGGGUUGUGGUGCGUAUUGAUGGUUUGAUGAGCCUUUGCCGAAUGCGUCGGAAUGGAUUCUCACUACAGAUCUGUGAAAGCUUCUUGAUUGGAUUUCCAUCCUGGUGGGAGAGCUGGGAUUCACACUUCGAAUCUCAACCAACCUCUUCUAGCAAUUCACAAGAGGAUUCAAGUCAGAUUUACUUGAAGAUUUUCCAGUUGGGCAAUGUUGUUCAAAAAUCAGUAGCUUCAUUCAUCAAGAACCCUCUCCAUGAUGCUAAAAUUUUCCGAAGAUAUGUAGCGGAUGCCUUCACACAGUGUUCAAGAUUUGAUGAAUACAGUUUUGACAAUGAUACUUCAACAAAAGGAAAAACUGUUGCUUCAAAUGAUGCCAGUGAAGGACCUGCAGCUGUAGCUAAUGAGGUGGAUAAUAUGGAAAUAGACUUGAUUGUGAGCAGCACUUCACAAGAAAGAGGUCAUGUUGACAUUAGCUGUAAUGCAUCGUUUGCUCCUACAGAAAAAUGUACUAGUGAUGAGACUUACAAGGAGGCAGAAAAUCAGAAUGAUUCUAUGCAUCCAGAUGUAACAGAACAGGAGGCUGGUAACCAUUCUGUGAACUCUGAUUUGAUUUGCAAUAGGUCCCGUGAUCGUAUGCCCAGUGACUUGGAAGAUGGAAAUACCAAUGCUGGAAAUUCAACAGAUGUGGCCUUAUGCCAUUUAGCUACAGCACAACCCGAAAGGGUUAAUUGCUGCUCAGAGAUUCCUGGUGCUUUGCAAAAUAUUCAACCCUUAAGUAAUCAAAGGAAUCCGGUGGCUUCAUUGAAGAAUCAAAGCCACCCGAAAAGAACUGAGGACAUAUCAUUGAACCAGAAGGCCGUACCAAUUGAAGAUACAUCAACUUCAAUUCGUUCACAUGUACUAUCUUCGGAAAAGACAGUAGGCCCGUCAAAGAAGCAAAGAUCUGCACAGGAUAAAUUAUUGAGUCCUGCUAGAUUGCGAGGAACCAGAAAUCCGAUUUCAUAUGUGCAUCAUUCUCCGCAUACUCGUGGGAAGGCACAGUCAUUAUCUAUUUCCACACCUGAAUCUCUCGAGAUGACAAGAACCAAAUCAGGUCGUGUGGUAGUACCCCCAUUGGAUCUAGGAUGUGAAAGGAUCCUCUAUGGCAACAACCAUUUGGUUUUAGGCGUGGCUCCUGUGAAGUUGCAUUCACCUCCCAUCAAAGGGAGCAAGCCAGAGACCCCUGCGAGGAAGAGAAGGGCUCGCUGAGCGACUUUCGGACACGCAAUGCUGCUGCCAAGCCAGAAGAUGAUCUCACAACUUUGAAGGCUUCGGGUGUUUUGCUUUGUUCAGUUUUUGUAUAUGCAGCCUGGAGUUUGAAUUCGCAGCCAGCAAACUUCUGAUACCUUUUGGUAUGGGUGUGGUUUAACACUGGCCUGUGCCCAGCGCCACUAAUGUUAGCGAGUAUUGCUAUGCAUUGUAGGCAUUGAGAUGUGUUUCGCCUGGUUGCAUCUUGUUGGCAGCAGUUGAAAGGAGCUGGCCAGUUGACAUCUU